CAUCCAUGGUUCUCAGGGUGUAUGGUACAGAAAGAGAAAAAAACAAAUGCAAAACAUGAUGUGAGGAAUUUUUAAUGUAUCGCCGUAUGCUGUGUUGUACUGUGUCGAUGCAAACUUGCCUGGUGUUAACCUGUACAGCUGCACAUUUGUAAAGGGAGCUCUUUGUUUUCUUUAACCCUGUGAGUCACUGAUGAUCAGAUGGGCUACAGAUGUUCCUUGAAAUCUCCAUUAAUGCCUAUUCCACGGUACUGAGCACACCUGCUUCACUUUCCCAUGCUGAGAUGUGUUAUGUGAAAUUAUAAAAUGUUUAUGUAAGAUGUUUUGUGAUUCCUUGUAAUUUUUUUUUUCUUUCAAACUUACCAUUCAUAAAAAACAUUUCUAAGGGUCAUAUUAGGGUUAAGGACCAAACCGUGGGAAUUAACUCUUUCCUAGGCCGUGCGUGUGGAACAAGGUGCCCAUGUAUUGCGCAUCUCUUUCGGUCCACCUUAAGAGCGCAGUUAGGCAGUGUGUUGCAGGGGGAGGCCCUCACACACAUAUGCCUAGCACUUUAAGGCGGACUGGAACAAAUAAAGCCGCGCUUAAAGGCGUACGCACAUCCUAAACAAAGGGGAAACAGCGUUUGUAGUAUUUAUAUUUGUGUUUAUGAACGAUAAAUUAGAAGAAAUCGACAAGUUAGAAAUCAUGUACUUUGUUCUAUAAUAUCUGUGCAGCCAUGGAGGACAAAAUAUGGUUCAUAAACCUGGAGGUUGCAUGGGAAUGUUCUGCAUAUUAAAGUGUGCUGAAUAAUCUAUGGUUUGGGGACUAUUCAUUUUCAAUUGGCAAAACAAGAAAUUAAUGCUGAGAACACUGGAUUUUACCACCACCAACAACAACAUCAACAACAACAAUAAUAAAAAUAACAACAAAUACAAUUGUUAAUUAUAAUAGUUUAAAUAAUAUUAAUAAUCUUAAUAAUAAUAAUAAUUAUUAUUAUUAUAAAGUUGAUGACAGUUUAUUGUCCCCCCUCUCUCUGUGAGUGUCCAACACGCGACGCGCGUUCCCGCGCCCAUCUCCUAUAGACACCAACUCCCCCCACGGCCGCGCGUUCACGGGGACGGAAUGUGCGCGCGGGCCUGCAGAGGGAGCUGCGCGCACGCUCACACUGAAGCGGGCGCUGUGCGAGCAGGACAGUCCGGGGUCUCACACUCUUGCAUAAGGGCCUACUUCCGUCCGCGCGCCGCUUUCGACGUGGUGUGGGGAAAAAAAACACAAAAUAUUGGGUCCGGUUUCCGGUUUGAACAGCCGCGUUUCAACGUCUUUUUCUACCACGGCUUCCGUCAGUUCAAGGUGGAUUGACCUGUCAUGAAUGAGCCGAUCGAAGGCGGGGCGAUCUCGUUCGACGAGUAUGUGCGGCAAAAGGCUCGCACCGUACCCCAGCACCGCAUGAAGGAGUUCCUGGAGUCCCUGGCCACCAAAGGCCCUGAGAUCCUCCAGGAGUUCAGCCAGCAGGCCAGUGGCACCACCACCACCAUGGUGUACCAACAGGGGGCCAACUGCAUCUACACCGACAGCACAGAGGUGGCAGGGUCGCUGCUCGAGCUGGCAUGCCCAGUGCAGGUGACGUCUACGCAGAUCUCGCCACAGCUGGCUGCAGCUGUGCAGCAGGCGUCUGAACAGCAGAUACAAGUCCAGGUACAGAUCCAAGGUGAGCAGGGUCAAACAGUUGGUCAGGUGCUGCAGGUGGCUUCUCCUACCCAACAGCAGCUGUCAGGGGUCACUACAACGCAGCUAGUGCAGCAGGGCGAGCUAACUGAAGAACAACAGCAGCAAAUCCAGGCUCAGUUGGUGGCAGCUGUGGCCGGAGGUCAGCAAAUCCAAAUUCAGACAGUGGAGGCACUGUCUCCGUCUCAGAUCCAGCAUCAGGGUUCGGAGGCAGAGCGUCGUGCCGGAGCUUCACCGGGAGUCCUACAGCCAGCCAAGAAGCGAAAGGUGGACGUACCUGCCGUAGUGUCUUAUCAGCUAGCACAGGGCCAGCAGCUCGCCACCGUGCUGGCUAUUCCACAGGGCCAGCAGCAGGGCUAUGUGUCACUGAGGCCAGAACUCCUCACUGUAGAUAGCGCGCACCUGUACGGCACAGCGACAGCAGGCACCAUCACGGGUGCAUCAGGAGAGACCUGGACUAUCCCGGUGUACCAGCAGCAACAGGGUGUAGCACACAUUGCCAUCCCACAGGAGGCCUACAGUACGGUGCAGGUGCAGGACAAAGAUAAAGACAAGAUGACGGUUGGUACGGCUGCGGUUGCGGUGCCUGUGUCGGGCUCACAGGAGGAGGUGGUGCACUCUCUUUUCCCGGCGCAGUUUAUGAAUGGGAACAUCCACAUUCCAGUGGCAGUCCAGGCUGUCGGCGGAGGCUACACAAGCACCACCCAGGCACUGCACAUCUGGGACCCGCAGCAGCAGCAGCAUUGCCAGGAGGCUGAAGUUCAGGAGCAACAGCUCCAUCUGCAGGCAGAGGCAGAGGCACAAGCUGAGGCUCCUCCUGAACUGCUUCUUCCUACAGUGCUAAAGCCAGAGGAAGGCCUGGAGACCUGGAGGCUUUGGGUGCAGCGCAAAAAUGCUGAGCUCGAUAAGAAUGAACAGAACAAGUUGGCGCCGAUUGGCCGCCGCCAGCCUCUGCGUUUCCGAGAGGAUCUGGUGUCGAGUUCAGUGGGCGAGCUUAACGUGGCUCUGUCUCUCAUGACCCAGGAGGCCCGUGGUAUAGAAGGGGAGCCCUUUGAACCCGACGCACUGUAUUACGUCUUCUUGUGCAUACAGAAAUACAUGUUCGAGAAUGGCAGGGUGGAUGACAUCUUUUCAGACCAGUACUACUCCCGCUUCUCCCAGUGUCUACACAAAAUCCUGGAGGAAUGGAGGCCCAGUGUCCAUCCGCUAGGUUAUAUUAUCCCCAGUCAUGUGACAGAGGAGAUGUUGUGGGAGUGUAAACAACUGGGAGCUCAUUCUCCAUCUACUUUACUCACUACACUAAUGUACUUUAACACCAAGUAUUUCCACCUGACUACAGUAGAGCAGCAUAUGAAAGUGGCCUUCUCUAAAGUGCUUCGGCACACCAAGAAGAACCCGACCAACCCAAAAGACAAAAGCACCAGCAUCCGCUACCUGAAAGGAGUCGGCUCUCACCAUGUCGGUCAGAAAGUGACUGAUGAUAUGUAUGCGGAGCAAGCUGAGGAUCCAGAGAAUCCACUUCGCUGCCCUAUCAAGCUCUAUGACUUUUACCUCUUCAAAUGCCCUCAAACUGCCAAAGGUCGGAAUGACACGUAUUACCUGACGCCAGAGCCCGUCGUAGCCCCAAACAGCCCUAUAUGGUACUCGACCCAGCCAAUCACGAGCGAGCAGCUGGAGCAAAUGCUCACAAGAAUUAUGGUGGUGCGAGAAAUCCAAGAAAUAAUCUCCAUCACGCAGGCCAACAUUCAGUGAGGGGAGAUGAAGGGUGGAAGGAGAGAGAUGGUGAAAGGAAGGUUUCCACCUCCAAACUCCUCCGGCCUCACCGCGACCAAGUCGCUCACAAGCUCAAAAGGAGGGAAUGUAGCCAUCGCUGUGUCUCCUCGUGCUCCAUAUUUACACAACCUGAAGCACGCACCAGUGGUGGCACAGGGCAAGGGGAGGCAACGAUACCUACAUCUACUUAUGCUCUUUAAAUCGUUUUGAGUAGGAUUUAAAACCUGACCGGUCCGAGGAAAAAAUUAAAUGCUGCAAUCGGCCGAUCGCUAACCCUAAAAGAAAAAUAGCGUUUGUUUACUAGUUCAUAAAACGUUCAAAAUAUUUGGUAGUCAUUUUUUGCUUUCAGCUUGCUGUUUAAUUUCAGUGUAUAAUUCUAAAGUGGAUCAGAGUUCAAAGAACAGUUGCAUAUUCCUUAUAUUGCCACUGAAUUGGAUUGCUUUAGUGAUUUAUUCAGAAAAUUGCAACACAUUGCAUCAUAGUUUGAUGCUUUAUGGAACUGCAGUGCAACUCCACCCACACACACACACACACAAUAUAAACAUAUAUAUCAAAGAAAAACAAAUUUUAUCCACCCCUCCUAUAAACCUCUACUUCUUGCAGGUGCCUCCUCUGACCAGCCGCCACUGAAGGACUGAACCGAACCUACAAGCCUUUUUUUUUCUUUUUCUAUUUUAAUAAAGAUAUUACUUAAUCUGUU